AUGGCAGAGUGGGAGCAGGAGACAGGUGGCUCCAGAUCCUGUGUACCAGAUGAGCUGUGCCAUCCCCAGUCCGAGUAUUCUCAGUGGAAGCUCAAACUGUUUAGGGUGAGAUCCAUGGAGAAAGCCCCCCUGCCUGUGGAGACACAUCCGGAUAAAGAGCAGUCAGCAGGGAGCUCUCCGUCUGUGGCUACAAAUAUAGACAAUGGUUUGAGCCGAGAAAGCGUCAUGAAGUUGUGCCUGGGAGGGAAGAGUAAAGAGAACGUGGAGGGGCCUGGCCAGAGAGUGGAUCGGAAACUGCAGGAGAUGGACGCCCACAUGAACCAUCUUAGAGCCCUGUGCCGUCUGUGUGGAACAGUUCUGAGGAAAGUCCAAGGACCAGAACAUGAAGUCCAUGGUGAUCUUGAUCAUGUGAGCAGAACUACGCUGCGUAAAAUGAGUUGCCAGUUCACCACCUGGCCAGAGGUCAUCCAAAAAGUCUUUAAAGUGGACGUAAAUGAGGACAUCGAAUCAGUACAUCCUCUGUCAUUCUGCCAUCGCUGCUGGAUGAUAAUGAUGCGAGGAGGCGGAUUUUGCAGCUUCUCCCAGAUCAGAGUCCCGGACUGGAAGCCUCACUCCUCCCACUGCAACCUCUGUUCCCCCAGGAAGCCUUCAUUCCAACGGUCUGGAAGAAAAAGGAGACCAGUGCUCCCUCGGGCACACAGCUUGCCCAAACGGACCAGGUGGGAGUACAGUGACAGCAUUGUAAUUGGUGAGAGGCGCCUUUUGAAACCAUUUGGCGAACAUAACCACAGCUCAGUGCUCAAGGACUGUAAAAAAUCCAGGGAGCAUUGGGUGCAGAAUAUCACCCACUGUCAGGGGGACCACCUGAGUGCCCAGCUGGUCUCUGCGGGCCUUCCAGUUGACUUCAUUUAUGCCUUCACCUGCACAGUAUGUGACCACCUGCUCUCUGACCCACUCCAGUCUCCCUGUGGGCAUCUCUUCUGCCGCAACUGUAUCACAAAAUACACUCACGCACUUGGAUCUCACUGCCCAGCCUGCAACUCAUCCUACACCUCAGAUGACCUCUCUCCGCCUGCCAACAACUUUUUAUCAGCUCUGCAUUCCCUGCCUCUGCUCUGCCCCCGAGGCUGUGGCGAGCAUGUAAGGCUGGACUCAUUUAAAACACAUUGUCUGGGUCAUGAUCUGGGAGAUCAGAGGGAAAAGCCGACAAAAGUGGACUACCUGCUAAUCAAUAAGGGGGGAAGACCUCGUCAACACCUGCUAUCACUAACUCGACGUGCACAGAAACAUCGGCUGAAGAAGCUGAAGCACCAAGUAAAAGUAUUUGCGGAUACAGAGGAAGGAGGUGAUGUAAAGGCUGUGUGUCUGACUCUUUUUCUGCUUGCUCUGCGUUCUGACAACGAGCACAGGCAUGCCGACGAGCUGGAAGCCUUGAUGCAAGUGCCACUGGCUUCCCCCACCUUCUUCCGCCUCCACUCUCCUCCCUCCCUCAUCUUUCUACCCAGUGUGGCUGUCUUGCUGCCUGUCUGCAGAGGCUUCAGUUUGCAUCCAGCUGUUUGCCUGGCCAUUCGGGUAAACACUUUCCUAAGCUGCAGCCAGUACCACAAAAUGUAUCGCACCGUCAAAGCCACCAGUGGACGGCAGUUUUUUCAGCCCCUGCACUCUCUGAGAGCGGCAGAGAAAGAGCUUCUGCCCGGCUUCCAUGAAUUUGAAUGGCAGCCGGCUCUCAAAAACGUGUCUCCGUGUUGCAACGUGGGCAUUAUUAAUGGGCUCUCGGGAUGGACAUCUUCUUUGGAUGAUUCCCCUGCUGACACAAUCAGUCGGCGCUUUCGUUAUGAUGUGGCUCUGGUGUCUGCACUCAAAGAUCUCGAGGAGGACAUCAUGGCGGGGUUGAGAGACAGUGAACUGGAUGACAGCGUGUGCACCUCGGGCUUCAAUGUAAUGAUCAAGGAGUCGUGCGAUGGCAUGGGUGAUGUCAGCGAAAAGCACGGUGGAGGGCCGGCAGUUCCAGAAAAAGCUGUUCGUUUCUCUUUCACUAUUAUGACAGUAACUUUGGUGAGAGAUGACACCGAGAGCGAGGUCACCAUUUUCACUGAAUCCAAACCCAACUCAGAGCUGUCCUGUAAGCCCCUCUGCCUCACGUUUGUGGAUGAAUCUGACCAUGAAACCCUCACUGCUGUCUUGGGACCUAUAAAGGCUGAACGCAAUGCAAUGAAGGAAAGCAGACUCAUUGUAUCUAUCGGCGGGCUCCUUCGCUCGUUCCGCUUUCACUUCAGAGGGACAGGCUAUGAUGAAAAGAUGGUCCGUGAGAUGGAGGGGCUCGAGGCAUCGGGGUCAACCUAUGUCUGUACACUUUGUGACACCACCCGCUCAGAUGCCUCUCAAAAUAUGGUUCUGCACUCCAUCACACGCAGCCACGAGGAAAACUUGGAGCGCUAUGAAAUCUGGAGGAAAAACCCCUACUCUGAGUCUGUCGAUGAGCUUCGAGGUCGGGUCAAAGGCGUUUCUGCAAAACCCUUCAUGGAGACUCAACCCACACUGGAUGCUUUGCACUGUGACAUUGGCAAUGCCACUGAGUUCUACAAAAUCUUCCAGGAUGAAAUUGGGGAAGUGCACACCAAAGUAAAUCCCAGUCGGGAGGAGCGUCGCAGCUGGAGAACAGCUCUGGAUAAACAGUUGAGAAAAAAGCUCAGGCUCAAACCUAUAAUGAGGAUGAACGGGAACUAUGCCCGCAGGCUGAUGACCCAGGAGGCUGUGGAGGCCGUGUGCGAGUUGGUACCCACAGAGGAGCGAAGGCAGGUCCUGAGGGAGCUCAUGAAGCUGUAUAUCCAGAUGAAGCCCGUCUGGAGAGCCACCUGCCCCGCAAAGGAGUGCCCUGACCAGCUGUGCAGAUACAGCUUCAACUCCCAGAGAUUCGCCGACCUCCUUUCCUCCGCCUUCAAAUACAGGUACAACGGGAAAAUAACCAAUUACCUGCACAAGACCCUGGCCCAUGUCCCAGAAAUUAUCGAGAGAGAUGGGUCCAUCGGGGCCUGGGCCAGUGAGGGGAAUGAGUCGGCUAACAAACUGUUCCGGAGGUUUAGGAAAAUGAACGCACGCCAGUCAAAAUUUUUUGAGCUAGAGGAUGUGUUGAAGCACCAUUGGUUGUACACAUCCAAAUAUUUGCAAAAGUUUAUGGAAGCACACAAGGACUCGACCAAAGUUUUGCAGGCUGUCAUUGACCCAGAAGACAGAAUAGAUGAAGAAGAGAAUUCUCUGGAUGUCGCAGACUCAUGA